ACAGUUUCCGAUAAAGUGGAGCGCGUUCCGCGUUCUACAUGAAUAAACACUUAUUUCAUUUGCUUAUCAACGGCCAUUAUAUCAGUCGGGCCCGAUCAGUCGUGAACUCGAUGUGCCAGUCGUCGACUCGGCGGCCCGGCGUAUAAAAGCCGUAACUCAUCUUCCGUGCGAAGAACGGACCGUUACGGUUGACGGUUUGGUGUGUAAACCUGCGCAAAGAUGACGUUACGGCUCGCUGGGGUGUUCUGUCUGCUGAUGGCCAGUUGCAUGGCGGCUGUGCCCAGAAGAAAUGAGGCUCGCAUCGUUGGCGGUAGUGAUACGUCGAUCGAGAACCAUCCCUACCUGGUGUCGCUGCGACGGCUUCACAAGCACAAUUGCGGCGGUGCUAUCCUGAACGCCAACACCAUCCUUACGGCGGCCCACUGUGUCUACUACUCGGAACUAGCACCAUCGGACUUUGAGGUACGCGCUGGAUCUACACUCCGCAACGAAGGCGGUCAGCUGAUCGCCGUGUCCGAGAUCCACACGCACCCGGACUACGAUGACUGGACGCUGCAGUGGGACAUUGCCGUGCUGAAGCUAGUCAGCCCGCUGCAACUUAGUGCCUCCGUUCAACCGAUCAAUCUACCGCAGCGAACCUUUACCAUCGGCGAGGGCACCAGUGUUUCCCUGGCUGGAUGGGGCGCUCUUUACUACCAAGGACCGUCCACUAACCAUCUGCAGCAUGUCAUGGUGCCGAUCGUAAGCAACAGCCGGUGCGGCAUGUCCUACCAGAACUUUGCCCCGAUCCUACCGUUCCACAUCUGCUCCGGCCAGAAGGGUAAGGACGCGUGCCAGGGUGAUUCGGGUGGACCGCUAGUCUACCAGAACCAGAUCAUCGGCAUUGUGUCGUGGGGCUACGGCUGUGCGUUUGAAAACUACCCAUCGGUUUACACUCGCGUGUCGGAGUUUUUGGACUUUAUCACGGAGCGCCUGUAAGCAGAUUGCCCGGCCUCUUCCCCGUCGUUGUGGAGUACAUCGCCCAGUAAUCUUUACUUUUGCGUACCGUUUAUCUGUUACCGAAUGCUGUGCCUAUGUGUCUUUGUUAUGAACAGUAAAGCUUCCUUACUUCCAAUCAAA